AUGAUUUUUCUGUUUAUGAGUGAAACCAUCUGGAACUCGGGUACUGGCGCCGGUCCUACACCGGACGAUCGCCGAAUGGCUGAUAAAAUGGGCGAGAAAUGGACCCAGUUCGCUAAGGAAGGGCAAGUAUCGAGUUGGCAGCCGUCCAACUCCCAAGACUACACCUAUUGUAAUUUGAACCGACAACCUACUGUACAAAGUGGAUAUGCUCAACAAGCAAGAAAUGUUUUCAAUAAUCAAGUGGAUCCGAUCAUACAACAGGCGCAUAACACACCUCAGCGCGAUCCUCAACCCACGCCAACACCACAGCCGGUCUACUCGCCAACAUCUUUCACUCCUGCGGUCAAUGUCAAAUAUCAAUCAAAUGGACCGCAAUCGAACACCUUCCAGUUUACAUACCAAUUAAAAAACGUUCCUGGAAAAUAA